GAUGAGCCUGCUCCGCCCCCUGCCCCAACCUGUUAAACCCCUGUGCAAGAUCCUCCCACCCCUGCGCUCCACCUAACAGAUCUGACUUAGAUCCAGGGUGCCCCUCCAGCCACCAUGAGGCUCUUCAUCUCACUUCCUGUCCUGAUUGUGGUCCUGGCCAUGGCUUUGGAAGGCCCAGCCCCUGCCCAGGCGACCCCUGACUUGUCCAGCACAUUUGAGAACUUACCAGAUAAGCUGAAGGAGUUUGGGAACACUUUGGAAGACAAGGCCCGGGCAGCCAUUGAACACAUCAAACAGAAGGAAUUUCUGACCAAGACCCGGACCUGGAUUUCAGAGACAUUCGGCAAAAUGAAGGAGAAGAUCAAAACCACAUUUGCCUGAGCACCUGGUGGGCCACCUAGUGCAGCAAGGAUGCCCACGUGAUGUGGCAGGUCACUCAUCCUAUACCAAUAAAAAGACUACAGUGAACAAAUGCA